GCUGCGCUGCGGGGAGGGCGGCUCUCCGAAGCCGCUCGUCCUGUUGUCGCGCUCCUGAUCCAGCAUGGCUUUCGCUAAUUUCCGCCGCAUCUUGCGGCUAUCCACCUUCGAGAAGAGAAAGUCCCGUGAAUAUGAGCACGUCCGCCGGGACCUGGACCCCAACGAUGUAUGGGAGAUCGUGGGCGAGCUGGGAGACGGCGCCUUCGGCAAAGUUUACAAGGCCAAAAACAAGGAGACCGGUGCCCUGGCAGCAGCCAAAGUCAUUGAGACUAAGAGUGAGGAGGAGCUGGAGGACUACAUCGUGGAGAUUGAGAUCCUGGCCACCUGUGACCACCCAUACAUCGUCAAGCUCCUGGGAGCCUAUUACUAUGAUGGGAAGCUCUGGAUCAUGAUUGAGUUCUGCCCCGGGGGAGCUGUGGAUGCCAUCAUGCUGGAGCUGGAUCGAGGCCUCACGGAGCCCCAGAUUCAGGUCGUAUGCCGCCAGAUGUUGGAGGCUCUCAACUUCCUGCAUGGCAAGAGGAUCAUCCACCGUGACCUGAAAGCUGGCAACGUGCUUAUGACCCUCGAGGGGGACAUCAGGCUGGCUGAUUUUGGCGUGUCUGCCAAGAAUCUGAAAACUCUGCAAAAGCGAGAUUCCUUCAUAGGAACGCCUUACUGGAUGGCCCCUGAGGUGGUGCUGUGCGAAACCAUGAAGGACGCCCCCUAUGACUACAAGGCUGACAUCUGGUCCUUGGGCAUCACGUUGAUUGAGAUGGCGCAGAUCGAGCCCCCACACCACGAGCUCAACCCCAUGCGGGUCCUGCUCAAGAUCGCCAAGUCGGACCCUCCCACCCUGCUCACACCCUCCAAGUGGUCUGUGGAGUUCCGAGACUUUCUGAAGAUAGCCUUGGAUAAGAACCCAGAAACCCGGCCCAGCGCCGCACAGCUGCUGCAGCAUCCCUUUGUCAGCAAAGUCAACAGUAAUAAGGCUCUUCGGGAGCUGGUGGCCGAGGCAAAGGCAGAAGUGAUGGAGGAGAUCGAGGAUGGCAGGGAGGAUGCCAGAGAGGAUGCCAGAGAGGAUGGCAGGGAGGAUGGAGAAGAGGAGGACGCUGUGGAUGCUGUUCCGCCCCCAGUCAACCACACUCAGGACUCCGCCAGUGUAACUCAGCCAAGCCUCAACUCCGACAAGCCUCUCCAGGAUUCUUCCACCCGCCUGUCUCCCGGCCAGCCUCCAGAGCCUGUGAACAAUGGGCCCUGUAGCCAACCCUCAGGGGAUGGAUCCCUCCAAACCAGCAGCCCUGCUGAAGGGGUCUUGAAGAAUGACAAUGACUUAAAGGUACCUGUUCCCCUCCGGAAGUCCCGGCCAUUAUCCAUGGAUGCCAGAAUUCAGGUGGAUGAAGAGAAGCAAAUCACUGACCAUGCUGAGAACCCCAGUCCUGCAGCCAGCAAGUCCCAAAAAGCCAACCAGAGCCGACCUAACAGCAGCGCCCUGGAGACUUUGGGUGGUGAGACUCUGGCCAAUGGUGGCCUGGAGCUCCCCAGCUCCUUAACUCCAAGCCAUUCUAAGAGGGCCUCGGACUGUAGCAACCUGUCUACCUCAGAGAGUAUGGACUACGGCACCUCCCUGUCUGCUGACCUGUCACUGAACAAAGAAACAGGCUCAUUGUCUCUCAAGGGCUCAAAACUGCACAACAAGACCCUGAAGCGGACCCGCCGGUUUGUGGUGGACGGCGUGGAGGUGAGCAUCACCACCUCCAAGAUCAUCAGCGAGGAUGAGAAGAAAGACGAGGAGAUGAGAUUUCUCAGGCGCCAGGAACUCCGAGAGCUCCGGCUUCUGCAGAAAGAAGAGCAUCGGAACCAGACACAGCUGAGCAGCAAGCACGAGCUGCAGCUGGAGCAAAUGCACAAACGUUUUGAACAAGAAAUCAACGCCAAGAAGAAAUUCUAUGACGUGGAGCUAGAAAACCUAGAGCGGCAGCAGAAGCAGCAGGUGGAGAAGAUGGAGCAGGACCACAGCCUGCGCCGCAGAGAGGAGGCCAAGCGGAUCCGCCUGGAGCAGGAUCGAGACUACGCCAGGUUCCAAGAGCAGCUCAAACAGAUGAAGAAGGAGGUGAAGAACGAGGUCGAGAAACUACCCCGGCAGCAGCGGAAGGAGAGCAUGAAGCAGAAGAUGGAGGAACACUCUCAGAAAAAACAGCUGCUGGACCGGGACUUUGUAGCCAAGCAGAAGGAGGACCUGGAGCUGGCCAUGAAGAAGCUCACUUCGGAAAACAGGCGUGAGAUCUGUGACAAGGAGCGUGAUUGCCUUAGCAAGAAGCAGGAGCUCCUCCGAGACCGUGAGGCAGCCCUGUGGGAGAUGGAGGAGCACCAGUUGCAAGAGAGACAUCAGCUCGUGAAGCAGCAACUUAAGGACCAGUACUUCCUGCAGCGGCACGACCUGCUGCGUAAGCAUGAGAAGGAGCGGGAACAGAUGCAGCGCUACAACCAGCGCAUGAUGGAGCAGCUGAAGGUCAGACAGCAGCAGGAGAAGGCGCGGCUACCCAAGAUCCAGAGGAGCGAUGGCAAGACGCGCAUGGCCAUGUACAAGAAGAGCCUGCACAUCAACGGUGCGGGCAGCGCCUCCGAGCAGCGGGAGAAGAUCAAGCAGUUCUCCCAGCAGGAGGAGAAGAGGCAGAAGGCCGAGAGGCUGCAGCAGCAGCAGAAACACGAGAACCAGAUGCGAGACAUGGUGGCGCAGUGCGAGAGCAACAUGAAUGAACUGCAGCAGCUGCAGAAUGAAAAGUGUCAUCUGUUGGUAGAGCAUGAAACCCAGAAGCUGAAGGCCCUGGAUGAGAGCCAUAACCAGUGCCUGAAGGAAUGGCGAGACAAGCUUCGGCCACGCAAAAAGGCCCUGGAAGAGGAUUUGAACCAGAAGAAGCGGGAACAGGAAAUGUUCUUCAAAUUAAGUGAGGAGGCAGAGCCCAGACCCACCACACCCAACAGAGCCAGCAAGUUCUUCCCCUACAGCUCUGGGGAUGCAUCCUAACACCCACAGCCCUGGGCUGUGGUGGGCAGCGCAGCCACUGAGGCCUUCAAGCCUCUAUGAACAUGUGACUCAGGGCCUCUUCCUCUUGCUUCUGUGCCAGCUCAAAUUACCCAUCCCCCUGCAGCAGCCCAGUUGUCCACACUGCCACCCUGGUGCUUCUGAUGGAUGACCUCCUCAAGACUCAGAUUCCCAUCACCUGGAAGUGACUUGGGCUUUUGAGGUCAGGGGCCAGGCGGGAUGGGUGUACCCCUCCUGUUUGUCCAAACACCAGCUCUACUGUCUGUGGGCACAAGCGCUACCAAUGACAUCACUGCAAAUUCAUCCUUGUUGUGAUCCUUGUGGGUUUUGGUUUUUUUUUUCUUCUGUUAUUCCUCACUGUGUCGGAAAACAUCCCUAAGAGCCAUUUCGGUUCUCAGCAGCCAGCUCUCGGGUGUCCCCGUCCCCCUGCUUCACACAGCUGACUUUGUGCUUGAUGAGACACUGAGACACUGUGUAUGUGGGGGGAGGGAAUGGGGAAAGAGGAGGCCAGAAAUAAUGUUCAUUCUGCUGGAUUCUGACAUUUUAUCCCAUCUUAUUUUCCCUCUCCCUGUCACACACACACACACACACACACACACACACACACACACAAUGCAAACACAUCUUGGCCCCCCGACACCACCCAGGCUGCCUCUGUCAUGGCCUCCUAGGGACAGAUGCAUUGGAACCUGCUUGCUGCCUCCUGAGCCUGAUCCUGGGCCACAGAGCAUGUCAGGUGGAGCAGCUGGUGGGGCCAUGCUGAGCGCUGGCACCAGAGCCCAGAGAAGGCACAGGCUGUCCUGCCAGCCUGCAACUCAUUUGGCUGCACACAGGAUCCUGUGUUCAGGGGUACACUCCCCUCCACACUUGACUUCUGCUGCCUAGCAUGUGCCAAUCUCACCCUUGCCUGCUUGUCUGCAGGUACCCAGGAAGGCUCUUGAUCUUUGCCCUAGUCCUGUACUGGAGUCCCACUGUACAUUUGAAGUAAGCUCUGGACUUCUUUGUUCAGGAAGAGAUGCUUCCCACCCUCAGGAACAUGCUGAGCUCAGGAAAAUGCCGAGCCUCCAUGCCUGGGCCUUCGAGUUGCUCAGGUCGCCUCCCAGGAUGCAAAGCCCCAUAGGCUACCAUGCCCAGAGAAGCAGCUGAUCCACUCAGACUGAUUCACUGAUAAAGCUUUUCAUGACUCUGAUGCCUAAGUGCUCAGUUAAAGUACAGGUAACUGACUGGCUGCUUCAGAUACCCUCUUUUUAAAAAGCCCCUUCACAGGGGUGGUGAUGGGAUGGGGUGGGGGAGGGGAGCCCAGGCAGUUGAGUCUGGCAAGUGGCAAAGACCUCAGCAGUAUUUCUCCAUCACUGCCCAAUGCUGAGGCAACUUUCUAGAACGUUUCCUUGGUUGAAAACUGGGUGCUUGAGAGGAGGUGGGCUAGAAAAAAAAAUAGGAAAACAGAUCUUGGAACUCCCAGAUCUUGUGUGCAGUAGAGAAGCUCACAGAGCCCCCAGGAAAGCAAUAGUUCUCAGGGUAGCGAGUGUCAGCUUGCUUUCAGGCCUCAUACCAAGGAGUCUUGAGGAACAGUUGACUUCCUUCUUUCUGGUGCAUGGGGGCUGGGAAACACAUUGUCAGAGUGCAGGGGUUGGACUCAGAGACGGCGGCGUGAGUGGGCAAGGCCACGCCGGCAGGUGGCCAGGCAGGCUCUGCCAUUGUUUACAAUCUCUACUUGGUUGCAUUCGGGGAACUUGACAGUGGCUACUAGGCAAAAUGCCAGUUUUGUGGUUCAGGUAACAGUCUUUGACCACUCCCUGAUAUAUUGGUCUAGGCCUUUGUCCCGUCCAUGCUUAGUACCACCUGAGCCCUGGUAGCUCUGCUGUGCCUUUUGGAGUGGGGUCUAGCCUAGUCUUCCAGCCUCAUACUGUAGCAUAAGUGCAAUGCCUGCCGCUGAUGAAGGCCCACGCAGUAUUCUUCAUGCCCUGCGCUAACAGUUUCUGUACAGGGACAGGCAGAAAUGUUUUUAGCGCAGUAAAUAUAGCUAACUUAUAUUCCCCUUCAUGAAGGAUAGAAGUAAUGUGUACAUCAUUCCCAAGCGCUGUGUAUAAUUUUUGUAAACUGUUCUCUGCAAACAAAAAAUUGUAAAUAUGCUUCUAAUAAAAUAAUAAGGUGA